ACCAUCUUCACCUGAAAAUCAAAGAGAUUUUUUUUUCUCCUUUUUGAUAUUUUGCUCCAAUUCAUCAAGAAAGAGAAUUGCAUUUCUCUGUCACAAAAUAAAUUGGAAAAAUGAAAAGAAACCCAUCACUUUCUCACGGCUUGUUCGAUCCAUUGACUUCAAGUUGUUGAGUUUCAUUGCUUCAAACUCAAAAGAAUUUUCGUUAGUUUUGCUGUUGUCGGGGUUUUAAGUUGGUCUAAAUGGAUAGUGCUGAUCUGCAGAGUGUCAGUAGUAUGCGUCGAAACAGUUCCUCAAUAUGGAGGAACGCAACAACUAAUGUUUUCUCGAGAUCACAUCAUGAAGAGGACGAUGAAGAAGCUCUUAAAUGGGCCGCUCUCGAGAAACUGCCGACGUACGAUCGUUUGAGGAAAGGAAUACUGACAGUUGCACCGGGGGACCUCAGGGAAGUCGACAUUCAGAGUCUCGGAACUCAGGAGAGGAAGAUUUUGAUGGAUAGAUUGAUUAAAGUUGCAGAGGAAGACAAUGAGAAGUUCCUGUUGAAGCUGAGGAACCGCAUUGAUCAAGUUGGAAUUGAACUUCCAACAAUUGAAGUUCGGUUCGAGCAUUUAAAUAUUGACGCAGAAGCUUACAUCGGCAGCCGAGCUUUACCUACAUUCCUCAACUUCAUUACUAAUAUUGUAGAGGGGUUCUUGAACUGCAUCCAUAUUCUUCCUAGCAGAAAGAGACCAUUAUCAAUCCUUCAUGAUGUCAGUGGAAUCAUCAAGCCUUCAAGACUGACUUUGCUUUUAGGCCCUCCGGGCGCAGGGAAGACCACAUUGUUGUUAGCUUUGGCUGGGAAGCUUGAUCCAGAUUUAAAGGUUUCUGGGAGUGUGACUUACAAUGGUCAUGAACUGAGAGAGUUUGUACCUGAGAGGACUGCUACCUACAUCAGUCAAUAUGAUAUCCAUAUAGGUGAAAUGACUGUGAGAGAAACCUUGGCUUUCUCUGCAAGGUGUCAAGGAGUUGGAACUAGUUAUGAAAUGUUACAAGAGCUGUCGAGAAGAGAGAAGGAAGCAAGUAUUAAACCAGAUCCUGAUAUUGACGUCUUCAUGAAGGCAGCAGCACUACCAGGAGAAGAGGCUAGUGUUGUUACAGAUUACAUUAUUAAGAUUCUAGGACUAGAAGUUUGCGCUGAUACCCUGGUAGGAGAUGAAAUGUUGAGGGGAAUCUCCGGGGGACAAAGGAAGCGUGUAACGACAGGGGAGAUGCUUGUUGGACCUGCAAGGGCGUUGUUCAUGGAUGAGAUAUCCACUGGUCUAGAUAGCUCCACUACUUUUCAGAUUAUGAAUGCACUGAGGCAAUCCAUUCACAUUCUCAAUUUAACGGCCAUUAUUUCUUUGCUCCAGCCAGCACCAGAGACUUAUGACCUCUUCGAUGACGUUAUUCUUCUAUCAGAGGGGCAGAUUGUGUAUCAGGGGCCCCGUGAGAAUGUGCUCGAGUUCUUUGAAUCCAUGGGCUUCAAAUGCCCUGAGAGAAAAGGAGUUGCAGAUUUUUUGCAAGAAGUUACGUCAAGGAAAGAUCAGCAACAGUAUUGGGUAAAGCAAGAUGAGCCUUACAGUUACAUUCCUGUCAAGGCAUUCGCAGAGGCGUUCCGGUCAUUCCAUGUCGGCAAGAGAUUAGGAGACGAACUUGCCAUCCCGUUUGAUAAGAACAAGAGCCAUCCUGCUGCUCUAACAACUUCCAGAUUCGGCGCUAGCAAGAAGGAACUACUGAAGGCCUGCACCUCAAGAGAAUAUUUGCUAAUGAAGAGGAACUCGUUCGUCUUCAUCUUCAGGAUAUCGCAACUCAUCUUCAUCUCGAUUAUCACAAUGACUAUCUUCCUGCGUUCUAAGAUGCACCGUGAUACAGUAAACGAUGGUGGGAUCUUUAUGGGUGCUCUAUUUUUUACACUUUUCGUAUCUAUGUUCAACGGGUUUGCAGAGCUUGCCAUGGCCGUUCAUAAGCUUCCUGUUUUCUACAAGCAAAGAGACCUCCUUUUCUUUCCUGCAUGGGCCUACUCCCUACCUAUCUGGAUCCUCAGGAUUCCUAUAUCGAUUGUGGAAGUUGCUAUCUACGUGAGCCUCACUUAUUAUGUGAUUGGCUUUGAUCCAAAUGCCGAGAGAUUUUUUAAACAAUGUUUGAUACUUCUAGCCACGAGCCAGAUGGCCUCUGGACUCUUUCGAGUCGUUGCUGCUUGUGGGAGGAGCAUGAUCGUUGCAAAUACAUCCGGAUCUUAUACACUUCUUUUGGUGGCAGCGUUGGGUGGGUUCCUCUUGUCUCGAGAUAAUGUGAAGAAAUGGUGGAAAUGGGGUUAUUGGGUCUCACCCUUGAUGUACGCGCAGAAUGCGAUCUCUGUCAAUGAAUUCCUUGGGAAAAGUUGGAACCAUUUUCGUCCAGGAUCUACGGUACCAUUGGGAGUGGAAGUCCUAACGUCCCGUCGAAUCUUUGUUCAUGCAUAUUGGUAUUGGCUCGGUGUAGGUGCAAUGGUUGGUUAUGUAUUAUUAUUCAAUGCCAUUUGUCCCUUGGCUCUUCAUUAUCUUAACCCAUAUGGGAGAGCGCAAACAGUUCUAUCUGAAGAAGCCUUGAGGGAGAAACAUGCCAACAGAACAGGAGAAUUUAUGGGGCCAACAACCGGAAGAGAGAGCUCUGUGGACCACAUCAGACCAGAAUCAAGGCGCAAUGAAACAAGGAACAACACUCUCUCGGAAGGGUCUUUUUCUUCGCAAGCAGAAGCCAUUUCCAGUGCUAGUCAGAACACAAAGAAGGGAAUGGUUCUUCCAUUUACACCUCUUUCAAUCACCUUCGAUAAUAUCCAAUACUCCGUAGACAUGCCAGAGGAAAUGAAAUCUCAAGGUUUUCCAGAAGAUCAGUUGGAGCUCCUAAAAGGUGUGAGUGGAGCUUUCAGACCAGGAGUUCUUACAGCUCUUAUGGGUGUUAGUGGUGCCGGUAAGACUACUCUAAUGGAUGUGUUGGCUGGAAGGAAGACCAGUGGAUAUAUAGAGGGAAACAUCACAAUAUCUGGCUAUCCCAAGAAGCAGGAAACAUUUGCCCGUAUAUCUGGAUACUGUGAACAGAAUGACAUUCACUCUCCUCAUGUCACAGUCCAUGAAUCUCUCACCUACUCUGCAUGGCUUCGAUUGCCCACUGAAGUCGACUCCGCAACAAGAAUGAUGUUCAUAGAGGAAGUCAUGGAGCUUGUAGAGCUGACAUCCUUGAAGGGUUCGCUAGUGGGGCUGCCCGGCAUCAAUGGGCUAUCAACCGAGCAGCGUAAGAGGAUGACCAUUGCUGUCGAGCUUGUCGCAAACCCCUCCAUAAUAUUCAUGGACGAACCGACGUCCGGACUUGAUGCAAGGGCUGCAGCUAUUGUAAUGAGAACAGUGAGGAACACAGUCGACACGGGAAGGACAGUGGUGUGCACAAUUCACCAGCCGAGCAUCGAUAUAUUCGAAGCUUUCGAUGAGCUUCUCCUAUUAAAGCGAGGGGGUGAAGAAAUAUACGUGGGUCCGCUUGGGCACAAUUCUUUCCACCUGAUAAAGUACUUUGAGGGAAUCGAUGGAAUUAACAAGAUAAAAGAUGGUUAUAAUCCUGCAACGUGGAUGUUGGAUGUGACCUCAUCAGUACAAGAAGAGGCUCUUGGGGUUAACUUCGCCGAGAUAUACAAGAACUCAGAACUGUAUAGGAGAAACAAAGCUCUGAUUAAGGAACUGAGUAAACCUCCUUCUGGGUCGAGAGAUCUCCACUUUCCAACCAAGUACUCACAGCCCUUCUUCACACAAUGCAUGGCCUGCCUCUGGAAACAACACUGGUCAUACUGGCGCAACACGCAGUACACGGCAGUGAGGUUUUGGUUCGCAAUCUUCGUAGGCUUGUCAUUCGGGUCAAUAUUCUGGGAUCUCGGCUCCAAAACGAAAAGGCAAGUGGAUCUGCUUAAUUCAAUGGCUUCCAUGUAUAGUGCCGGUCUCUUCCUCGGGGUACAAAACGCAUCAUCUGCGCAGCCGGUCGUGGCCGUCGAACGGACAGUCUUUUACAGAGAGAGAGCUGCCGGAAUGUAUUCUGCUUUGCCGUAUGCAUUCGGGCAGGUCACAGUCGAGCUUCCAUAUGUCUUGCUGCAGGCCGUGGUGUAUGGGACUAUUGUGUAUGCAAUGACCGGAUACGAAUGGAAGGCUACCAAGUUUUUCUGGUACCUGUUCUUCAUGUACUUCACACUUCUAACCUUCACUUACUUCGGUAUGAUGACGGUUGGCAUCACCCCCAAUCACAACAUCGCAGCCAUCAUUUCAGUUACAUUCUACAUGAUAUGGAAUAUCUUCACAGGCUUUCUGAUUCCGAGAACGAGGAUUCCUAUAUGGUGGAGAUGGAAUUACUGGUUGGACCCCAUCGCCUGGACAUUGUAUGGACUGGUUGUGUCACAGUACGGCAGCGUAGAUGAUGUUCUUGAUACAGGUGAGACGAUAAAAGCAUUCGUGAGGAGUUACUUUGGAUUCAAGCGUGAUUUCCUGGGAGCCGUUGCCGCCAUGCACAUCAUCUUCAGUGUCGUGUUCGCGCUCAUCUUUGCCAUUUCGAUUAGGACCUUCAACUUCCAAAAAAGAUAAGAAAUGCUCUUCUUCUUCUUCUUCUUCUUCCUUUCCCCAAGAGAGCCUUUGAUGAUCCUUCACUGACUAUAUCAAUCUAUUGUUGGGGUUUUUGAAUUGAAUAAGCAAAUUAUUUUGA